AUGGCUUUAGAGGAUCACAACGACAUCGUGGCAUUGGAGACGGUGACGUCGAGAAAUCAAACGGUUGCAGAGCAGAGUGAGAGUUUCGAAGACGGCAAUGACAAUGGUCAUGAUCAUGGACAAGACGCAGGUCCAGAUCUCCCGCCGAUCGAUCGAGGUCGUGCAGCUUGGAGGAUGUUAUUUUCGGCCUUUAUCUUCGAGUCUCUGCUUUGGGGUUUCCCUCUCUCCUUUGGUGUUUUCCAAAACUAUUACUCUCGAAUCCCGAGGUUUGCGAACCAACCCUAUGUCUCGAUCAUCGGGACAGCGGCGACCGGGAUAACCUACCUGGGGGCACCGUUGAUCAUUCCGUUAGUAAAACGGCUUGGACGGUAUCGAAUGGUCAUUAUCUGGGUCGGAUGGUCGAUGUGCAUCGUUGGUGUCCUCGCCAGCUCCUUUGCAGAGACCUUGCCCGCGAUCAUCUUCACCCAGGGAGUCAUGUACGGAGUCGGAUUCGCACUCUUCGAAUACCCCAUCAUCGGAAUGGUGAACGAAUUCUGGGUGGCUCGCCGCGGCAUGGCUUACGGUAUAUUGUGCGCGUCUUCGGGCGUCUCGGGCGUCGUCAUGCCCGUAGCCCUCGAGGCGUUGUUGAAGAGGUACGGCUUGUCUACGACGUUACGGGCCGUGGCGAUCGGGAUAGCCAUCCUCACUGGUCCUUUGAUUCCACUACUCAAAGGACGUAUUCCUUUGUCUCAACAACAACAACAGCAGCAGCGGCGGCGGCGGCAGCAGCAGCAGCAGCAGCAGCAACAACAACAAGAACAACCCACCACCCCUGGUCCAACACAGCACACAGACUGGGGUUUCCUGCGCGUACCAUUGUUUUGGAUAUACGCCGUCUCCAACCUCCUGCAAGGGUUGGGGUACUUUUUCCCUUCGUUGUACCUCCCCUCGUACGCGACCACCUUGGGCAUGGGCGCCCGACGAGGUGCGCUGUUGCUGGCCCUGAUGAGCGUGGCACAGGUCCUGGGACAAUUCAGCUUCGGGUACAUCUCGGACCGACGGCGGUUCAGCGUCAACACCCUCAUGGUCACGUCGACCCUCGUGUCCGCCGCGGCCGUGUUGACGCUGUGGGGUCUCGCGCGCACCUUCGGCCUGCUGUGUCUGUUUUCCCUCCUCUACGGCUUCUUCGGCGCCGGAUACACGGCCAUGUGGGCGAGGAUGGGCACCACCGUCACCGCCGACACGACCGCCGCUUUCGCCGCGUUCGGUCUGUUCAAUUUCGGCAAGGGCCUGGGGAACGUGUUUGCGGGCCCCAUCGGUGCGAACCUUCUGGUCGACUCGGUUGGAGAUUCGGAUUACGGCGCCACAAAGUACAAGGCCGUCGUGCUCUUCACCGGGUCGUGUAUGCUGGCCAGUGGCGCAAGUGCCUUGACUGCGUACUUGAAGCCGUUCAAGGCUACCGCGGUGCGUGAGUGA